GGGAUCGGGUGCUACAUGUUCCGGAUCGACGACGCCGAGGUGGUGGACGCCACGAUGCACGGCAGCGCCGCGCGCUUCAUCAACCACUCGUGCGAGCCCAACUGCUACUCGCGGGUCAUCCAGGUGGAGGGACACAAACACAUCGUCAUCUUCGCCCUGCGCCGCAUCCUGCGCGGCGAGGAGCUCACCUACGACUACAAGUUCCCCAUCGAGGAGCCCGCCGCCAAACUGCCCUGCAACUGCGGGGCCAAGCGCUGCCGGAGGUUCCUCAACUGA